AUGUUAAUGGAUAAACUGCAAACCACUUUCGAGGGAGUAUGGCCUUCGAUGCGGCCAAUAGUCUUGAAGCUGCUCAAGCAAGAAACUGUUACACAACCAGAAUGGCAAGGUCUGUUCGAAGCAGUCCACUCAGUAUGCUUAUGGGACGAGAGAGGUGCAUAUAAGUUGCGAGACGCGCUUCAGCAGGAUGUAAUGAUGUAUAUUAAACAGGCUCAGAAUCGUGUUCUAGCUCAUCGAGAGGACCAGGCUUUACUGAAAGCUUACAUUGCAGAAUGGGGUAAAUUUUUCACACAAUGCAACUUUUUGCCAACGCCUUUUCGACAGUUAGAGAAUUCUAUAAAUAAUACCAGCAAAGUUACAAGUUCCAAUGCAUCUAGUACUCAAAAGAAGAACAACAAUAACAAUACAGAAGAUAGUUUGGUGAGGAAACUAAUGUUAGAUUCAUGGAAUCAAAGUAUUUUCAUGGAUAUAAAACAGAGACUGCAAGAUUCUGCUAUGAAGCUGGUCCAAGCGGAGCGAAAUGGAGAGUCCUUUGAUUCACAACUUGUUAUUGGUGUAAGAGAAUCUUAUGUAAAUCUAUGCUCUAAUCCACUUGAUAAGCUUCAAAUAUAUAGAGAAAAUUUUGAAGCAGCUUAUAUGCAAGCUACAGCAGAAUUCUAUAAACUGAAAGCUGAUGAGCAAUUAUCAGCAAAUGGAGUUCAGUUAUAUAUGAAAUAUGCUGACCAACGUUUAAAGGAAGAAGAAGCUCGAGCACAUCGAUAUCUGGAGGCAGGUAGUGACAGUGUAGCUACACUCACUAAGUGUUGUGAAAAGGUGCUCAUUGGAGAACAUUUACCAACUUUACUAGCUGAAUGUGCACCUUUAAUAAAAGCAGGAGAGACAGAUAAAUUGCAACUUAUGUUUCGUCUUCUUGAUAGAGUAUCUGAAGGAGUAACACCAAUUCUUAGGGAUUUGGAAGCACAUAUAGUAUCUGCUGGGUUAGCAGACAUGGUUGCUUCAGCUGAUAUAAUCACUACAGACUCAGAGAAAUAUGUGGAACGUUUAUUGGACUUGUUCAAAAGGUUCAGCUCCUUAGUCAAAGAUGCCUUCAUGGACGAUCCAAGGUUUUUAACUGCCCGUGACAAAGCAUAUAAAUGUGUUGUUAAUGAUACAACUGUGUUUAAGUUAGAGCUGCCAUCGUCAGCACUUUUACGAGGGAGUAAAGGUACUGCUCCUGAAAGUAAAUGUCCUGAGCUCCUCGCUAAUUAUUGUGAUAUGUUAUUACGGAAAACACCAUUAAGUAAACGUUUGACAAGUGAACAGAUAGAAUCACGACUAAAAGAUGUUUUGUUAGUUCUUAAGUAUAUAGAAAACAAGGAUGUUUUUAUGCGAUAUCAUAAAGCACACUUGACUCGCAGAUUAAUAUUAGAUUCUAGCGCAGACUCUGAAAAGGAAGAGGAUAUGGUUGAGUGGCUAAGAGAGGUUGGAAUGCCUGCAGACUAUGUAAAUAAAUUGGCUCGUAUGUUUCAAGAUAUUAAAGUUAGUGAAGAUCUCAAUACUCAGUUUAGAGCUGAUACAACUCGCCAUGAUGCUAUCAACAUAAAGAUACUCAAUGCUGGGGCCUGGGCCCGUGGCUCAGAAAGAGUAACUGUUAGUCUUCCAUUAGAAUUAGAAGACUAUAUUCCUGAAAUAGAAGAUUUUUAUAAAAAGAAACAUUCGGGGCGAAAGUUACAGUGGUAUCAUCACAUGAGCAAUGGUACUAUUACAUUUGCUAAUUCUGUUGGUAGAUUUGAUUUAGAUGUUACUACUUUUCAAAUGGCAGUUUUGUUUGCAUGGAAUCAAAGGCCAAUGGAAAAGAUUAGUUACGAAAACCUAAGGCUUGCCACUGAGUUACCUGAUCCAGAGUUAAGGAGAACUUUGUGGUCACUUGUAGCAUUUCCGAAACUUAAAAGGCAAUUGUUGUCAUAUAAUCCUGCAGUUCAAAAUCCAAAAGAUUUUGCAGAAAAUACUACUUUUUGGGUAAAUCAAGAAUUUGCUCUAAUUAAAAAUUGCAAACCUCAACGUAGAGGAAAGAUAAAUCUAAUUGGUAGACUACAACUAAGUACAGAAAGAUCUCAAAUAGAAGAUAAUCAUUCCAUUGUUCAACUUCGAAUAUUAAGAACUCAAGAAGCUAUUAUUAAAAUUUUGAAAAUGAGGAAGCGCAUUACUAAUACUGCACUUCAGAGUGAAUUGGUUGAAAUUUUGAAGAACAUGUUUCUUCCCUCCAAAAAGAUGAUCAAAGAGCAGCUUGAAUGGCUAAUUGAACAUAAAUAUAUGCGGCGAGACGACGACGAUAUCAAUACUUUUAUAUAUAUGGCCUAA